AUGAAAAAGGAGCUCGAAGAUGAGGAAGAAUUAAAGGAAGAAGUGGAAUGUAUGGAAGUUGAUGAUGAUGCUGAUGAUAAUGACGACGAUGAUGAAAGUGAAAAUAGCAGCAGUCGGGAAGAGAAUGUUGAGCUUAUGGUUAUUACGCGUGAAAAACGUUCUAACGCUGGUAAUAAGAUGGCGCAGUUGUUGGAAUCGGCCGAGCAAGAAGAUGAAUUUUACAAGAAUACAUAUGAUGGCGGAUUUCUCGAGGAUGAUGUCGAUGAUGCGUUCGAAUCACCAGUGGAAUCGGAUCAUGAUGAAGUGGAUUCUGACUUCGAUCGUCCUGAGGAUGAAGAUGAACCAAUGAGCGAUACAGAAGAAGAGCCCAAACGACGGAAACGAAAAGCUGGUUAUAAAGAACCGAGACCAGGUUAUACUCCUUCGAAGAGAGCUUUGCUAGAAAAAAACAAGAAAUGGGUGAUGGCACGGAUGGGUUGCCUUACUGCCGCCGCUAACACUGUCAGUCCUGAAACUCAGGCACAAUAUUUGGAAGAAGCCAAGGAAACAGAACGAAAAAAUGUUGCAUCGUUAAAAAAAUAUGAGCAAUUUGAGCUGGAAAAAAAGAAGAAACGUGAAAAGAUUAAUGUUAAUAGAAAAUUGAAACCACCUUACGUUAGCAUUGUGGACGGUCCGGAUGGCAAAUGGAUAGUUCUUCCAGAUGUCAAGAAUUUUACGAAACCAGAAAGAGCGGUGAAACUCCUUUGUUGCGUAACAUCACGCCCUGCAAAAUAUCGCGAUCCGUUAACCGGCUUGCCAUUUGCAACGCCUGAGGCAUUUAGAUUUAUCCGGGAAAAAUAUGUAGAAUAUUUGAAAAGUAUGUCUGAUCAUCCAGCGGUGAAACCAUGGCUUUCCAGGAAGAUGGCUUUCCAUUGA